ACAGUGGCCUGUCCACACACACACACACUUUGACUUUUGUGUCCCUUCCUGUGUCUCCGCACCCAUAGUAUCACCAAGCAGUGUGUCUCUUCAUUUCACCCUGGGGCUUCUUACUGCUCUGCCCUGCGUCAAUCUUGUUCCUCUAUCCUGCCUGUCCGUUUAUACCUUUUUUUAAUCGUUCAGCCAAUUAGUUUUCUCUAUUUGUCUGAGUGUACUCGUCUCUCUCUCACUUUUUCUUUUCUUUCCCUUCUCAUUCUCACAGCCAGCUCGCAAGAACAGCCGCCAUCUACCCACUCAUCAUCGUCGUUUGGUCUUGGAUAUUGACCUGUCCUGACGAAGCAGACUGAAAGGGAAGAAAGAAAAAAAAAAGAAGAGUCCUCGUGCCUCCUACCGUACAUGAUACAUAGAUAGAGAAAGGUUACAAGAGGAACAUAGAUUUCCUGCCGCUACUUCCCAUAUCCUGCCUUUUUUCGCUAUUCCUUCUCCGCGCCGCUUAAGCAGGUGAAGCGAGUACCGGUAUCUCGAGAAGCAAAGCACAAGCAAGGUCAAAGCAAGCUGGCAAAGCAAGCAAAAGCGGCCAAACAGCGUCAAGCAACCAAGCUCUCUCUCUCCCUUUACCAGCUUUUCGUGUCAACCCACCACUACAAUAUUUAGCUACCAUACCGGUAUCUGCUUCCCACCGCCCACACCAGACCAGACCCCCCCUCCAAAGAAAAUUGACCAUCUCGUCUCCGUCAUCUUCUCUCCCUAGAUUAAACAAACCUGUUGACCCUUUCUUUCUAACCCAGCGCUGACACGCCCCCGUACGCCGCUUCCGCUACUUUCUUGCUCGGCCACAAAAAUAUUAAUACUCACUUCACCCACCACCCAACUCUACUCUUGUCCCACAAAAUAUUCCCCAUCCAUCACACUCUCGCCUUUCUGGAUUUCAAUAAAAUCCCUCAGCAUCUUCCACCCAUCUCCAUAUCAGCAGCUCUCCAUCCAGCUUCUGCGCAACAAAUACCAUACAUUCAGACGAUCUUCGGGGCCGUCCGUGUUUCUCAUCGCCAAAAACUUAGACCGCUCCCACCAACCCUUUAUAAAAUCCUGUCUAAGAUAAAAUAGAGCCAGAGCGAGCUCGAUAUCGAUACACGAAAAGCCCUAUCCAGCCUUCCGACUAUCCGGUUCCAUUAUAACUCGAAGCUAUCCGCACACUGGCUUCAAACAAGAGAAGACGUUCCUCGGACGACAACACUUCUCGUUCAACGAGCCCUUACAGCAAACUCGCUUCCUACCCAUCCAAAGCAGCAAGAAUGCUCCUUUCACUACCAGAUCCUCGCGAAUCUUCACGCUCGAGGCGUUCCCCACUCACUCCUCCUUCGGUAACCCCUCCUUCGGUCAGCGGCGUAACUGGGUCAUCGACCGUGCAGAGUGAGAGGCAUCGGUGCACUUCGCCUUCACAGACAGCGACAACAUUACUCGCAAAAGUUGCAGCUCCUCAACCGCAGACAGGAACUACACCAUCAUCUCCAAGAAUGGCAAUGUCGAAUUCGAGCUCUGCCUCGUCGACACCACUAUCGACGCCCCCCGGGGAUGGUUGCCAUUUCCCGUUCGGCUCGAUGCAGAAGGGUUUGCCUGAGAGCCCCGACGGUGGUUACAUUAGCUUCCCAGUAUUCGAGGAAUUCGGAGACUACAAAUCUGAGGACGAGGCGGGGUCUCCUCCUCCACCCCACAAACGGUGACUAGGAUCGCUCCAACUGGAGGAUCCGGAAGAUGGUCAUGGCAAUUGGCGGAUCCUCGGCGAAUUGUACAAAAUCGGUCGUUUAUUUUCGGUAACGGCGCAUCAACAGUUUUUCAACAUUCAGUUGUGAGCAGGGGACGGAAACUAAUCGAAAGGAAGAAAGAAAAAAAAAAAUUCAUAAAAUCCACAAAAAAAUCCACAUAACCGGCUGUGCAUAUUAUCGGUUUUUUUCUGUUAACUUUCAUACGGCGCGCGGGCUCAUUGUUUGCUUCUAUUUCCCUCUUUUCUCUAUCUACAGGCACAUUCCCUUUUUUUUUUGGAGCAUUGUUCUACUACUCAUUACACUUUCUUGUUUAUUCUUUAUUAAAGUUUUGACUUCCUUUCCUUUAUUUCCACUCUCUUGUUCUACCAAAAGCACUGCCACUAAGGGGGAAAGCGGUAGGGAGUUCUUUCAUUCCUUACUCUUCUAUCCGAAAAUAUUUCUUUCCUUGGUUUUGGUUUAGUUUGAAAGUACGAAUAGGUUCACAAUAGUGGCGACUUGGACAAGUCAGGUGGUUCUUCUUCACUUAACCUCAACAAAUCCUUUUUGCCUCCAUUCCAUCAACAAAUCUUCAUGUAUUUUGGUGUUAACUCUUUUUUAUGGGGGGGCGCGUCUUAUCGGCAUAUACUACAUCUCGGGCGCCUGACAUGAAAACAAUGGGACGGCGCGAAUUUUGGCAUUUUUACUUCUAUUUUCUACAUAGUUUUUCUUUUUCCAUCAUUCCCUUCUCUUCUUCUCCGGUGGGAUGGGAGGAACCUGGCUGGUGGGAUAAUCACUCUACGGUCGAUUGCGGCUAACAAGAUGCCUUUUUGUUUUUUUUCUUCUUGUCAACAAAUAUCUCUUUGCUCUUUGCUGGAUGCAUCAUAACUUUUCUUUUCUUCCCUCAUUCCUCUCUUCCUUCCCUCCUUCCACCAAUCUGAAUGAAUGAAUGAAUGGAAAGCAAAGCGCAGGGAAAAAGGAUAUUUGCAAAAGAACAAGAAUAAAAACAAACAUGACAACCGAGCUAACCUUAAAUUCUUGUAUCAAAAUUAUAAUAUCUUCUUGUCUUUAAUUUACCAUUUUUUGCCCUGUUUUUAUUAUAUAUUUAUUUUAUUUUUAUUAUUUUAUAAUAUAGUAUUACGAUCA